AUUAUGAACAAGGAAGGUUAAACCCUCAAUGGUUGUGUGGCUGCUCUCAUCAAUCUCAAACCCAAACCACCACAACCACUUCCAGUCGUCGACGAUGAGCGUUCCUAAGGCGGUAGCAGCGACGAUCCGAUUGAGAGUUCCGGCAGGUGCCGCACGUCCAGCGCCACCAGUGGGACCAGCGUUAGGUCAAUACCGACUUAACCUAAUGGCGUUCUGCAAAGACUUCAACGCACGAACUCAGAAAUUCAAGGCAGAUACUCCAAUGUCGGUUACAAUAACAGCUUACAAAGAUAACACGUUUGAUUUCACAGUUAAAUCUCCUUCCGUCACGUGGUACCUCAAGAAAGCCGCCGGCAUCGAAUCGGGAAGUACUCGUCCAGGUCACGUGACCGCCACAACUCUUUCACUUCGGCACGUGUAUGAAAUCGCUAAGGUUAAACAGUCCGAUCCUUACUUGCAGAACAUGCCUCUUGAGUCAAUUUCCAAGUCUAUUAUUGGUACUGCUAGUAGCAUGGGAAUCAAAAUCGUUAAAGACCUUGAUUGAAUUCAUCAAGGGAAUUCAAACUUUGCUUUUGCGAGUUUUGGAAUAAUAUUGUUAAAUGUUGUUGAUUCUGUUUCAAAAUGCAGCCAUGUUUUGCUCUGUUUUUCAUAUGCUUACCAUGGUUUUGUUGUGUUUUUAUGUCUUCUGUUGAAUACAAUACAAGUUUAGUGGAAGAAACUGAAACUGAUUUGUAGGUCUUGUUUCUAUAAAGACUUCAA